UCGCGCUAGAAGAAGCGGAAGAAGAUGGCGCUCACCAGCUUUUUACCUGCGCCAACACAGCUAUCUCAGGACCAGCUUGAGGCUGAAGAAAAGGCAAGAUCCCAGAGAUCACGGCAGACCUCACUGGUCUCCUCAAGAAGAGAACCUCCCCCUUACGGGUACCGAAAAGGCUGGAUACCUCGGUUGUUAGAGGAUUUUGGAGAUGGAGGUGCUUUUCCAGAGAUCCAUGUGGCCCAGUAUCCACUGGAUAUGGGGCGAAAGAAAAAAAUUUCCAAUGCACUGGCCAUUCAGGUGGACGCUGAAGGAAAAAUUAAGUAUGAUGCAAUUGCUCGACAAGGACAGUCAAAAGACAAGGUCAUUUACAGCAAGUACACUGACCUGGUUCCCAAGGAAGUUAUGAAUGCAGAUGACCCAGACCUGCAAAGACCUGAUGAAGAAGCCAUCAAAGAGAUAACGGAAAAGACAAGAGUCGCCUUGGAAAAAUCUGUAUCGCAGAAGGUGGCUGCAGCUAUGCCGGUUCGAGCAGCUGAUAAACUGGCUCCUGCUCAGUACAUCCGGUACACACCAUCUCAACAAGGAGUAGCUUUCAAUUCUGGGGCUAAGCAGAGAGUAAUUAGGAUGGUGGAAAUGCAGAAAGAUCCAAUGGAACCUCCAAGAUUCAAGAUUAAUAAGAAAAUUCCCCGGGGACCACCUUCUCCUCCAGCACCUGUCAUGCAUUCUCCUAGCCGAAAGAUGACAGUGAAGGAACAGCAGGAGUGGAAAAUUCCUCCUUGUAUUUCAAAUUGGAAAAACGCAAAGGGUUAUACCAUUCCAUUAGAUAAACGUCUGGCUGCUGAUGGAAGAGGACUGCAGACAGUUCACAUAAAUGAAAAUUUUGCGAAACUGGCCGAAGCCCUCUAUAUUGCUGACCGGAAGGCUCGGGAAGCUGUGGAAAUGCGUGCCCAAGUAGAGAGAAAGAUGGCUCAGAAAGAAAAGGAAAAGCAUGAAGAGAAACUUCGAGAAAUGGCCCAGAAAGCCAGGGAGAGGAGAGCUGGGAUCAAAACCCAUGUGGAGAAAGAGGAUGGGGAGGCUCGUGAAAGAGAUGAAAUUCGGCAUGAUAGGAGGAAAGAGAGGCAGCAUGAUCGCAAUCUGUCCAGGGCGGCUCCUGAAAAGAGAUCAAAAUUGCAGAGAAAUGAAAAUCGAGAUAUCAGUGAAGUCAUUGCUCUGGGUGUACCCAAUCCUCGGACCUCCAGUGAAGUUCAGUAUGACCAGAGGCUCUUCAACCAAACCAAGGGUAUGGACAGUGGUUUUGCAGGUGGAGAAGAUGAAAUUUAUAAUGUUUAUGAUCAAGCCUGGAGAGGUGGCAAAGAUAUGGCCCAGAGUAUUUACAGGCCCAGCAAAAAUUUGGACAAGGAUAUGUAUGGUGAUGACCUUGAAGCCAGAAUCAAAACCAACAGGUUUGUUCCUGAUAAGGAGUUUUCUGGCUCAGACCGCAGGCAGAGAGGCCGAGAAGGACCUGUUCAAUUUGAAGAAGAUCCUUUUGGUUUGGACAAAUUUUUGGAAGAGGCUAAACAGCACGGUGGUUCUAAAAGACCCUCGGAUAGCAGCCAUCCCAAGGAACAUGAACACGAAGGCAAGAAGAGGAGGAAGGAGUAGGAGGACCUCUUCCCAGAGUGAAGGAACUAUGACCGUAAUCCUGGAACAAGGCUGAGGGUGGGAUACUUUGUAAAUGGUCAGGAUAAAAACCAAAUCUGGGUGUCAGAUCCCAGCACUACUUUUUAUUAUAGGAAAAAGGAUGUAAAAAAUCUACUUUGAACUAUUUUGGUUUAAAAAGAGUGGGUUGUUCUCCCACCUUUUCAGCUUUGCCCAGCACUUGUACGUAAGACCACUCCCUCUUGUGUUAUACCAGUAGUUUGGGCUUAAUCUACUGUAAAAUAGACUCCUCAUCAAAUAACCCCAACCACAGUGAGCAGGCAGGAGGUCACACCACUUUGGAGUUGUCCCGCCUAGCAAUAAGGACCCUCUGCCUCUGUUGGGCCAGUUUAGCUUGGAGUGGGGAAAGUAAGCUCUUGCUUGCUACAGCAUUUGUUUAAAAAUAAAAACACUUAGA